AUGAGCGAGGCGAGGGACGAGGAGAGCGAUGAGAGUCAGGUUCGGUCGGAUGGACGCAACGAGAGCUGCUGGUGUGAGAGUCGGAGGCGGCGGCGGCAGCGUCGACGGCCGGCACUGAAUAUGCAGAUUGGACGGCCGCCGCCGCAUAAACGGCACACGUUUAACGUGCCCGGAUUCCCGAACGGAUUGAAAGAGGCGGUUGGGUCGAAACGCAAGACGGUUCUUCUGGUGGUGACUUUGGCUGGAAUAAAAGUAUGCAUCCCGGACGGAACGGUUGUUCGUAUGGCCCACGCUCUUCGUCGCAUCUCUUACGCGACUUGUGAUCCAGAACGAUUGCUGUUCAGCUUCUUAGCGAGAGAACCAAGAGGUCAUUUCAGCUUGCAAUACUGUCAUUCAUUCGUAACGGAAUCAGCGCAGCAGGCUGAGGAGUUGAAUUCCAUUGUCGGAAAUGCAUUUCGCAUGGCCUACGCGGCACAGCUGCAGAAACAGCCCAGUUUUCAAGACGUAAUUGCCUCCCAACUGGAUCAGACCCAGACGGAUAAAGUUCUUUGGACGAAGGAAUUGUCCUGUGGAUUAAAGAAAGAUAAAAACCCUGUGUUGAAUAACAAUCAAUCGUGCGAGAUGGAUGUGCAGCUAAAUAACACGGACGCAUCGGCCCUGAGGCUGGCACCACCCAGUUCGAUUCCGGGAUUGAAGCCGACCCACAAAUACAAUGUGCUUGGGCCAUCCGAGAAGAGCCAGAGCCAGCAGAGCACACCCAGCAGCGAUGAAAGCAACUCCCCGACGGAAAUGAACUCGUACAAACGUAUGACCGAGAAACCGCCGCUAAUAAAGAGACUGGCGAUGGGUUUCACCACGAACAACCACAACCCCGAUGACGAUAGCUGCCCUCUGGUUAAUAACGACAGCUCCCUGAACAGCACCCCGAGCAGCCCGACGAACCGCCCACUCUCCGGGGGCUACGUCAAUGAAACGGUGAACGAGGAUAGCAAGACCAGCAUCAAAUCGGAGAACGUGCCCAAACAGAUCGAGAUCGAGAGCAACAGGAUUCUGCAAUCGUCUCCCGCCUCCACCGAGCAGGAGUUCAAGACCAAGCGCAUCUCGCAGAUAAGUUCGAGCAGUUCAAGCUCCUGUCCACAAACGGGGACGGACGCGCCUUUGUUGGGCUUCACUCCGACGCCGCCGCCGCUUCCAGAGAGGACGGACUCUUUGAACAACAAAGAGGAAGGCGAGCUGCGCUUAGCACCAUGGUUCCAGGCUGGUAUCCCCAGGGAGAUAGCCUUAGAGAUCCUCGGUCAGGAGCCUGUCGGAGCUUUCAUGGUCAGGGAGAGCACCAGCAAACCGGGAUGCUUUGCCCUCAGUCUUCGAGUUCCCAGGAACUUCCAACCCACCGGCAUCGCGCAUUAUCUCAUCGUGCGAACGAACAAAGGCUACAAAAUUAAGGGCUUUACCAAGGAAUUCACAACUCUGACUUCGCUGAUUACGCACCACUCAGUAAUGCCUGAGCUACUGCCGUGUCCGCUCUCCCUCAGCAGAUACAAUCCCAGCUUCGUGCGGUCCGACUCCAAACGUGACUUUGCCGACAUCGACUUGGACCCGGACUACAACACCCUCGCCGACUUCAGGAAAAUGAUGGCCGAUCUAAACGUAUAAACAACAACAGCAACAACAUCAUCAUCAUCAGAAAGAAAAAAGAACAUACACACACCCAACUUCAUUAACUAAAUUAUUUCCUAGUCCUAGUCCUAUACAAAUAUCCAGCAAAACAAAUAUAAAAUGAAAGAAAUUGUAUAUAUUUAAAAGACACUAAAGUGUGUACCUUGUGAUACCUUGCAUUUUAUAUGGAAAUCGAGAAAAAGUUUUGUUCGUUGUAAAACCCCCUCCCUCCCCAUUACUUUUUGUUCGUUUUUGGUUUGUUCGUUGUUAUACGGAGAUGUGAGACUACUACUGCUUUUCGGUGUUAUACAUUUCGGAACUCGAUUGGCGAAACGCUUGAUUGCUUGGUUACUAGUGGGAUUUAUUUUUCGGAGAGUGAUUUCUUGGACCAAUGAAGAGACUUUAUAUUCAGUUUUAAUUUAAGCCACCUAGUCUUGUGUACGUGUUUCCACCAUCGCCCGAAGCCAUCAAACCCAACACCCCCAUCUUACUGUCCUUCCCUCCCCCCAAACAAAAAAUAUAUAAAAACGUUCCCCUUGUGUAAAUAAAGACAACAUUCUGGUAUAAAAUAUGCAAUUCGUGUUCUUCUUUCGUUAUUUUUUUAUUUCUUCAAUACUAGUCACCCGAAUUCCACACGCGCUAUUUGUAAAUCAGCGGUUCUUAAAAAAUAAAGAUUUGUGCUAUUUGCUCAUAUACUUUGAUCACUUCUUGGAUCAGAGACUGAGAACCUCUGCUGUAACAUAGCCUUUGUAAACAAAUAACUGUAAAAGUAUUUAUUUUCCUUUUAAGUUUACAAUUAUCGUUUUAUUAUAACACCAGUUUAUUUGUUGUUGUGAAGCUCUGCAGAACAUUUCACUUCCUGCAGCAGAACUUUUAAUUUAAAUUAUAUCAAAUUUAUUCCUUCCUGUGUUUGUUGCCACAACAACAGCAACUGUGUACAUACCGGUGCGGAUGUAAGGUGUGUGCGCACUUCCGCCGAUCGUCGGACUAUAUUAAUGAGCAACUCUGACUUUCCUUCGUGGACCUUUGUUAAUAAGCGCAUCCAAUUACUUUUUUAUAUU